CGGCAGGAUGGAGGGCGAGGCUUGGAGCUCUGGCUUCACUGUCCGCAGAAGUGCAAGGAACGGAGGAGAGGCUGCCGAGAGCCAUGGCGGCGGUGGUGACGGCGGCAGCGAUGCGGGCGCGGAUUCUGCAGGUUUCUUCCAAGGUAAACUCUGUCUGGUAUCCAGCUUCCUCCUUCUCUUCUUCAGUGCCAACUGUAAAACUCUUCAUUGAUGGGAAAUUUAUUGAAUCCAAAAGUGACAAAUGGAUUGACAUCCACAACCCAGCCACCAAUGAGGUCAUUUGUCAGGUCCCUGAGGCCACCAAGGCUGAAAUGGAUGCGGCCAUUGCUUCCUGCAAGCGUGCCUUUCCUGCGUGGGCAGACACAUCAGUGUUAAGCCGGCAGCAAGUCCUGCUUCGCUAUCAACAACUUAUUAAAGAAAACUUGAAAGAAAUUGCCAGGUUAAUCACAAUGGAACAAGGGAAGACCCUAGCUGAUGCUGAAGGAGAUGUAUUUCGAGGCCUUCGUAAGCUGGUUGCUCCUCAUGGGAGUUUUUGGAAAGAACAAAAUAAAAUGAGAGAGGUUGUUGAGCACGCCUGCAGUGUGACAUCUCUCAUGCUGGGAGAGACCAUGCCGUCCAUCACCAAAGACAUGGACCUUUAUUCCUACCGUCUGCCUCUGGGGGUGUGUGCAGGCAUUGCUCCAUUUAAUUUUCCUGCCAUGAUACCCCUUUGGAUGUUUCCCAUGGCCAUGGUUUGUGGAAAUACUUUCCUAAUGAAACCAUCAGAGAGAGUCCCUGGAGCAAGUAUGCUGCUUGCUAAGUUGCUCCAGGAUUCUGGUGCCCCUGAUGGAACACUGAACAUCAUCCACGGAAAACAUGAAGCUGUCAAUUUUAUUUGCGAUCAUCCGGACAUCAAAGCGAUCAGCUUUGUGGGAUCCAACCAGGCAGGAGAGUACAUCUUCGAGAGAGGUUCAAGACAUGGCAAGAGGGUUCAAGCCAAUAUGGGAGCCAAAAACCAUGGGGUAGUCAUGCCAGAUGCCAAUAAGGAAAAUACCCUGAACCAGCUGGUUGGGGCAGCAUUUGGAGCUGCUGGUCAGCGGUGCAUGGCUCUUUCAACAGCAAUCCUUGUGGGAGAAGCAAGGAAGUGGCUGCCAGAGCUGGUGGAACGUGCCAAAAAACUGCGGGUCAAUGCAGGAGACCAACCUGGAGCUGAUCUUGGCCCUUUGAUCACCCCCCAGGCCAAAGAGCGAGUCUGUAAUCUGAUUGAUAGUGGACCGAAGGAGGGAGCUUCCAUCCUCCUGGAUGGGCGAAAUAUUAAAGUGAAAGGCUAUGAAAAUGGUAACUUUGUUGGACCUACCAUCAUCUCAAAAGUCAAGCCAAAUAUGACCUGUUACAAAGAGGAGAUUUUUGGCCCAGUUCUUGUGGUCCUGGAGACAGAAACAUUGGAUGAAGCUAUUAAGAUUAUAAACAACAACCCUUAUGGAAAUGGAACUGCCAUCUUCACCACCAAUGGAGCCACUGCUCGGAAAUAUUCCCACCUGGUGGAUGUUGGACAGGUGGGAGUCAAUGUCCCUAUCCCAGUGCCUUUGCCAAUGUUCUCAUUUACCGGCUCUCGAGCUUCCUUUAGAGGAGACACCAAUUUCUAUGGCAAACAGGGCAUCCAGUUCUACACACAGCUAAAGACCAUCACUUCUCAGUGGAAAGAGGAGGAUGCUACUCUCUCCUCACCUGCUGUAGUCAUGCCUACCAUGGGUCGUUAGAAACAAAGUUUCUUCAAACCUGGUCCAUCCUGCAUAAUCUCCCUUCAUUCUUGACCAACUUCAUUUGCCAGCUUUGUUCAGAUCAGAUCUCUGGGAUUGGAAUAUAUUUCACUAAGUCCUUCUCACAACUUGGCCCCUUCAAAGUUGGUAUAGGGAGACAUCUAGUGUAAUACUGACCUCAGAUUUUUACUAGCUUUUCAUACUUCUGUUUUUGAGGUCACUGGUAUAACUAUGGAAUGCUCAUUGAGAAUGAGAGCCUAGACUUGUUUCCUAAAAACUCUCCCUUUCUGACAGCCUGAAGGAGGGCAAGAUCAGUGUAUACACAGGUCUUAUAAUUGGAAAAAGAAUGCUUGGAUGGGGAAAUAGUAUGGAAAUACAGUUCACCCUCUGGCUGAGUCUCAAAUACAGCCCUCCAUCAAGGCUAAUGGGCGAGGCCCUUCUGCCAAGUUUUCCUGAGCCUCCCUCAUUCCACACUAUACAAGAUCCAAGCCAUUUCUACUUAUCCCAAUACUGUGACAGCUGUUUCUUUUGCUUUUGCUCAAUGACACUUUGUUAUCCUUGUGAUUCAUUGUCCCUAUUCCUGACUCUUAAAAUCACUUCUCAAGAAUACCUCAGUAUUCAAUGAGUAAAUCAACUUUAUUAUAUGUGCCAAAUUAAUUAUAUGUUAAGUUUCAGGGCUUGUUUCAAAUCAUUAAUGCCUUGCCAUUAACCCAGAUGCAAGUAGUUUUCUUAGUUAUUUCAAAAGUAAUCAUGAAAAUAACCAUGAAACUAUGAAAGUAGCCAUGAAG